AGUUCUUUUGUCAGCCAAAAGAAGUUCCCGCCCAACUUUUCACCAUUGGAGAAAAGCUUUCGUCUUUGCAUAGGUUUUUUUUGAAAAGUUGCCAUCUUUCUUAAACAAGUUAUGGACCCAGAAUCCCAUCUCCUCUGUCUGCUGCCUGUCUCUGUUUUCCCCUCCCAAACGUAUGGUUUUAUGGCGCCCAUUAAAUGAGACCCGCCAAAUUCAUGUGACUGGCCUUGCCUUCACUGAACAGCAAAAUCCGAUUAGGUUUUUGCCUAGUUUAUGUCCUCUAGUGCCCAAUUUCCGCGGCAAUUGACAGACUGAUGGAAAAGUUUGGAAGAAACUGAGCCCCAAACUCUGGAUUAAUGGCUACCAAGAGAAAAGAUUAGCCGUUUUUUGGGAUCACCAAAUUUUUCCAGUUCACGACAAAGAUUAAUGGCCUACCCAUCUUCCCUCCUUGGCAUGUUCUGCUGCCUCUCCAGUCUCCACCUUAUCCCACCACUCUGUAUUUCCGCUUUCACAGAUCUUUCAUGUCGCUAUUUAUUCUUCCUCCACCACCACAAAAAUCAGGUUCGACAUUCUGACAAAAAUCCUCUGCCGAAGUCAAGUCUUCUUCUUUCUGCUAUCUGGGUUUUGUAUCAGGUGAAUCGGAGAAGUCAUGCUGAAGAACAUCCAGAGAGAUAGUAGCGUUCUAGUGAGCUACAAUCCUCCUCCAAAGAGCCCCUGCAGAAACCCUAAUUCGGACCUCGACUUCAACGACGUCUUCGGCGGUCCACCGCGCAGGGCGUCGCUGCAGAAUGUCCGGCACAGUUUCGGCGAGGAGCCGUCUGGAGACGACCCGGAAACGGCGCCGUUGCGGACGAGGUGGUCCGGGCUGUACGAGAAGCCGGUUUUCGGAGAACACGAAGGAGCGGCGAAGAACAGAGGAGGAAGGGGUCACAACGGAGAUUUCUUCGAUGACAUAUUUGGCGGGAGCGAGUCGUUGAGUUCUUCUCCGAGGAGGCAUGUCACCGGAUCUCCGGCCGGAUCCAGGGUUUUGAGCCCGGCCCGACCGCUCCCGCCGAGAUCCGACCCGAUUGGAAGUUCAAGUUCCUCACUUCCUGCCCCGUUCAGUCUACCUUCGAAGCUAAUGAAACCGACGACGGAUCUGCCUACAUUUGGUUCGAGCCCUCGCAGCUCCCUGCUGAAGGCCAAGGAAGUUGCUUCGAAUGGCGGCAUGAUCAGCAACUACUCAUUUUCUCCACUAUCAAGAUCCUCAAGCAAGCCAGAUUUGGUGGUGAUGGAGGAGUUCAAAGACAAUAUCCGUAGCCAGGGUUCUCUCUCCCGCCAAUUCUCCAUCAACAGUCGCGACGACUUGUCAAGCAUGGACAAAGAACAAGGUGAAGAACAAUACAGAGAAGGCACUUCAGAGGACAAAAGCAAAGGAGGCAACCGUGGCCAUAGCUACGGCCAUUUCCACUUCUCAAUCUACAAAUGGGCAAGCCAAGGAGCUCCUCCCAUUUCUAUGCCUCUGAGGUCAGCAAACAGUUCGAGAUCGAAAGACAAGUUGGUAUUUAGUUCACCAGCAAGUGAAGCUUCUGCUGAAUUAGAAACACAAUUUAAACCAGAGUUGAAACCAUUGCGUUCUAUGCUCUUAGACAGUGAUUCUGAACAAGGAACUUUGGAAGGAGAUAGUGAAAAGGAUUUGUUGAGAGAGAGCAAAGUGAAGAGUAGUAGUAGCAAGAAGAAGGCAUCUUCUGAAGCAUUUGAUGUCAGCCAGGGGAAAGUGGAAGUGCAAAAGGGUGAUAGUAGGUUGCAGGAAAUCCAUGAAAGGAGUAAUAAAACAAAGGGGAAGAAGGUGAAUGCUUUUGUGAAGAUUUUUAAUCAAGAGGUGAAGAAACCCGAUGUGAUGAAGGGUGUUAAAACACAGAAGAAGCCUGAGAAGAAGAAAGAGAGCAGAGAUUCCAGGACACCGGACGAUGAUGGAACCUCUAAAACAACUAGAAGUAAUGAAGAGGAAAUCAACGUGGUUCCUGAUAAGAACAGCAAGGGAAUUCAUCUGAAGGAAGCAUCAUAUAAUGUUCAGGUUGAUGAGUAUCAGAAGCAGACAGAUGAGAAAAUACCUGUUGUAGAAAGGAGUUACAGUUACAGGUCUUCUGAAACUGAGCAUAUAUCAGCAGCAUCAGUCCCUGAUGCUUCAGAAGAAGCAUCUGUUGGAGACCCAGAUGAACCAUUCCAGGUCAGAGAAUUACCAGACCAGAUGGAGGAAGAUGAACCCAUUCCAACAACUGACAGUAACUCUGAACAUCUCCAGGUGAAUGAUGCCAAGAUACGAAAAUGGUGCCAAGGGAAGGAUGGAAACAUACGAUCCCUGCUCUCAACUCUACAAUAUGUUCUUUGGCCGGGGAGCGGGUGGAAGCCGGUGCCUUUGAUGGACAUAAUCGAAGGGAAUGCAGUGAAAAGAUCGUACCAAAGAGCCUUACUCUGUCUCCACCCAGAUAAGCUUCAACAGAAAGGUGCCACUCCAGAACAGAAGUACAUUGCUGAGAAGGUUUUCGAUAUUUUGCAGGAAGCCUGGAUACAUUUCAAUUCUCUCGGUUCGAUUGUGUGACCGACUGGUUGAACCGACCGAGCAGUCUUCACUUUUGUGCGUUGGUGUAGAUUUGAUUUUUUUUUUUUAUGAUAUCAUCCUUCAACUGUAUAGAUAUUGAAAUCAUAUGAACAUUUUAAAAAGUGGACAUAAAUAAUGUUUGUGGGGAAAUUCGUGACCCUGUGAAGGGUGUGCAACCGUUGGGCUGAUUUUGAUCGUAUCAAACUCUGGAGAACCAUAUGAUUCAUUAGAAAAUAAACCACCAAUGACCCAAAUGUUGGCUAUCAGCAUGUUAUGGAGUCAUUCUUUUCUUUAACUUUUUCUAUGUGUUUUUUCCUUCUCUUUUUCUGUUUUUACUGUGGGCUUGAAACUUUGAAAAUUGAUGUGCCUAAAAAGCAUAUAAAGCUAAUAACCAUAG